AUGUAAAAACAUCCCAAUACGAAUUCUCUUAUUUCUAAAAACCGUAGAGAUGGCAUAGACCACUCAUUAACAUCAUUUAAACAUUUAAAAGACUUAGCUCCUUAUGGAAUAUUUGGUUAUGGAGAUUUAGAUAAAAAAGACAAAGAAAUUCUUAAAGAAUGCCUAGAUGUAGAUAAAGAUGGAAGAAUAACUGAAAAAGAUUUUAAAGAAAUAAUUGAUUAUAUAAAUAAAAAAAAAUAUUUAUGA